AAAAUCCUCCAACCAAAUACAAAAAGACCCAACAAAAAACAGGGUCCUUCCUAACUCUAUUUCUUCCCACACUUUGUUCUUUAAAAUUGUUGUUUUCUUAAUCCAAAACAUCAUUAGCUUUCGCUUUAGCAAAUUAAGCUAAUCAAUCAUGUGCAACCCAAAGCCUUCUUCUCCCUCCUCAUUUCCCUCGACCAACAAAACCCUCUUAAUCAAAACCUCCAGCAAAACCAUGGACGACCUUCACUCUUCUGAUGUUUUUGUUGACGAUGACGAUCAAGAGCUCCAUAGAUGGCCUACUCUCUCCGAGGCUGUACAAGAAUUCAAGGCCAUAGGGAAGAUCUCAGGUCCAUCAACCAUGACAGGCCUACUUCUCUACUCAAGAGCCAUGAUCUCCAUGCUUUUUCUGGGAUACCUCGGUGAGCUUCAGCUCGCCGGAGGCUCCCUUUCAAUUGGGUUUGCCAACAUCACAGGCUACUCCGUCAUCUCCGGCCUCGCCAUGGGAAUGGAACCCAUCUGCGGGCAAGCGUACGGCGCCAAACAGUUGAAGCUCCUCGGCCUAACCCUUCAGAGAACCGUCCUCCUCCUCCUCUCCUCCUCCCUACCCAUCUCCUUCAUGUGGCUCAACAUGAAGAGAGUCCUCCUCUGGUGCGGCCAGGACGAAGAGAUUUCCUCCGUCGCCCACACUUUCACCCUCUUUUCCAUUCCUGACCUCUUCUUUCUCUCCCUUCUCCACCCCCUCAGAAUUUAUCUGCGCACCCAAAACAUCACAUUGCCAGUGACCUACUGCUCCGCCAUCUCCGUCCUCCUCCACAUCCCUCUAAACUUCCUCCUCGUUGUCAAAUUCCAAAUGGGGAUUUCCGGGGUGGCCAUAGCCAUGGUUUGGACUAAUCUCAACCUCUUCAUCCUACUCUUUUCCUUCACGUACUUCUCCAAUGUUUACAAGGACACGUGGGUUUGUCCCAGCGCUGAUUGCCUCCGCGGCUGGUCGUCUUUGCUUGCGCUCUCUAUCCCGACCUGCAUCUCUGUUUGCCUCGAGUGGUGGUGGUACGAGUUCAUGAUAAUGCUCUGCGGACUGUUAGCCAACCCAAAAGCCACCAUUGCUUCAAUGGGAAUACUAAUCCAGACCACCUCUCUUGUCUACGUGUUCCCUUCGUCGCUCAGCCUCGGCGUCUCCACGAGAGUUGGGAACUUAUUGGGCGCUAAGCGACCCUCAAAAGCGCGCAUUUCUAUGAUCGUCUCGCUCGUUUGCGCAGUGGCUUUAGGCCUUUUAGCCAUGUUGUUCACAACAUUGAUGAGGCACCAAUGGGGGAGAUUCUUCACUAAUGACGCGGAAAUACUCAAGCUCACGGCGAUUGCAUUGCCGAUAACAGGGCUGUGUGAGCUCGGAAACUGCCCGCAAACCACCGCCUGCGGUGUUUUGAGGGGAAGCGCGAGACCUACGGUUGGAGCCAACAUAAACUUGGGGUCAUUUUACUUGGUGGGAAUGCCGGUGGCGAUUCUGAUGGGGUUCGUGGUGAAAAUGGGGUUUGCAGGGCUGUGGCUUGGAUUGCUUGCAGCUCAAGGCUCUUGUGCUUUGCUCAUGUUCUAUGUCGUUUGCACAACAGAUUGGACUCUUCAGGUCAAAAGAUCAAAGGAUCUCACCCAAGCUUCUUCUGCAGCUUCUACAACUUCUUCGAUAUUACCAAUAUCAUCCGCACCACCACCAAGUUCUGAUCAUAAGGAUCCCAACUUGGAAGAUGAUGAGGUUGUCAAAUCAUCGGAAGCGCUGGAAACAGACCCACUUAUUGUAUGAUCAUCAUAUCUAUCAUAUCAUCAGCUGCUACAAAAAGUUAACACUAGCAAUGUGCAUUAACUAAAUAUAUAUAAUCAUCACAGCUAAUUAAGUUAGUUUCACCCUAGCUAGUUAGCUUCCCCAUUUUUUAUUUCCCCUUUUGAGGAACUGUAUGUGAUUCGCAAAGCCGCCCACAUCAUAUCUGAGCUACUGUAUAAGAGUCUUCUUUUAUAUUUUCUCUCUUUAUAUAUAUAAUUAGUCUACUUUUUUUUUU